AUGGAUUCGGAAAUUUGCCAAAGUUCCGAGAAAAGCAAGUGUUCGUUGGACACGCAGUCCCGAGAGUCUGCGCGAGGAUUAAGAGGAUAUCGAUGCGACGGACCAUUUUGUCGGAAACGUCGAAUACGGCGCCUCGCCGGAGGAGAUCCCAGGCGGCACUUCCAGAGUUGCGGGUCGAUAAAUCGGGUUACUAUCUUGCUCGAUAAGUUCACUGGCCAUCCCCAAGGGGUCGUGCCCAAACGAACCAAUUUACCAGGAAUGACCCGAGGCCGGGGCCGGGGCCGGGGCAUUGGUCGCGGCGGAUUCGGACGUGGGGGAUUCCCUCCUCGAGGCGCCUAUCGUGGAGGCUAUCGGGGGGGUGGGGGACGAACAAAUAUGGCCCAGUAUUCCACCAAGACUCCAUCCAUAUCUCCCUUUGCGCCAGGCAUGGAAACCGAAUAA